AUGUAUUUUCCGCUUCACCUACGAAUUUUUUUUGCCAAAGCCGUGCCUCGGUGGGUCUGCAUCCUGCCCCCCUCCCCUGUUGGGUGUGCCUCGGUGGGUCUGCAUCCUGCCCCCCUCCCCUGUUGGGUGUGCCUCGGUGGGUCUGCAUCCUGCCCCCCUCCCCUGUUGGGUGUGCCUCGGUGGGUCUGCAUCCUGCCCCCCUCCCCUGUUGGGUGUGCCUCGGUGGGUCUGCAUCCUGCCCCCCUCCCCUGUUGGGUGUGCCUCGGUGGGUCUGCAUCCUGCCCCCCUCCCCUGUUGGGUGUGCCUCCCCAGGUUUACGGCCUCUCCCUCCAUCACCGCGGCUUCUCUCCUUCAUGCAGUCGUGAGUCAGAGCCGAGCUGCCGAGCGGAAUAUUAA